UCAGAAUGCACUUUGAAAAGCCAACACCUGAAGAUUUCGAUAUCGAUCUACCUCUUAAAGAAGCUGGAUGUUUGAUAACUGUCAGGAAGUGUAGAGAUUUUAACGACGAGACAGCUCACAGACUUUUCCCGCAAAGUUCUGCCAGCUAUGUGGCUUCCCACACUUACACAAUACCUUCUAACUACUUUUCUGAAACUUUCUGGAAAAAAGAAGAAAAACGAUUGACAAAUAUUAGAAGAAUUUGGGCUGCCAACAGACAUAGGUUGAGCAGCGAAGAUUUGGAAGGUCCCAAACUGUUGGUGUGCAAAGCGGAUGUUCAGAAAAUUCUUGAUAUGUGUGACUGGUUGAUGCAUAUGCAGUGGGAUGGGGAUCGCAGUCAGCCACCUAUGCCACUUCAUUUGUAUAAGGCUAGGCUGAAUGAGCUGAAAAAUGAAAACGACUUUGUGGUCAAAAGACUACAAAGCAUUUGCGAAGAGGAGAAGCCAAGCAAAGCACGGAUAAAUGAAAUAAGAUCACAUUUUACUACGAAAGACUGUUUGCCUGAGAAAUCUCGAGGGAGUGACACCAAAGAGAAUGAAAAACCGGGUCAAUCACGUUCAUGGAAAAUUACAAUGAUGGAGCGCAUCAAUGAUAUACUGGGUAUAUUGGAUGCUGCGGCCAGCGCUGGAGAGAAUGUGGCUCAGGCAUUAACUAUGUUGAUGGUCAUACGGCAGUGUAUCAAGAAGGGGAAGGAUUCUUAUGAAGAUGUACGGAUGAAAAUGGAAAAAUUGGAUGAAUUGGUAGCGGACUUGCGAAAGGCAUCUAAAGCGAACGAGAAGAAAGUGUCGCCAUCUACUGGCAAGAAACCACUUGCGAAAUCUACUGCUUCUGUCAUAAAUACUCCAACCGCAACCACUGUUCGGAAAAGGGGUCGUCCGAAAAGCUUGAAAAGUCGCGACGAUGAAGAGUACGCUGAAAAACGGAAGAGUAUGCCUGCUACCGUAAAUACGGAAAAAUGUGCUGUGGAAACUGAAACGACUGAUGACCUGGUAUCGCGGGUGAAGCGAGGACAGAGAACUAGGCGUCCCGCUAGAGCAUUUACCCCUGGCUGGGAGUUAUCUCCAUCUCCUUCACCCCCACCACCACCGAGCAGAUUUAGAAACUCACCUAAACCGCUUGAUCAGGAACAGAAGCAGGCAGCUGGUUCGAAGUCUUUGUCACCCGACAGUGGACGCCCAAGCAGUAAUGAAUCCAGCGACACUGCGGCCACUUCAAUGGUCCAGACAUCUAUAGUAACAACAGUUACAUCAGAGGUUCAGCCAAGUGUUUCUCAGGAGAAAUCCGCUGACGUACAAAAUCUUUCGACUUCACCUGCGUCGUUACCUCCUCCUGUAUCAUACACGAAUUCUGCACCUCCGAGUACACCUUGUUUUGCAAAUUUUUCCACUCCCACCAUAAACAACACAGUAACACCAAAAGUGGUGCUUAGUCCACCCCCUCUGCCGCAGUUGAGUGAGCAGGCCGUCAUGGCCAUACUGAAGGAGAGGGUGCAACUUGGUGACGUACGACUCACGUUGCUGAAUCUCUACUCGAAUGAUGCGAUUCCCACUUAUCAUUUCGUUCCUGUGAUGAUUGAGCUUGCGGAAAAAGCAAUCGCUGCACUGGAUAACAAGGACAUGAUAGUUUACGCUAUGUACAAAGCUGCCUUGGAUGCGGGUUGCGCUCAGCUUGGCACCAUAAUGCGAGCUUCGAAUCCAUCAGAUCCAACAAAGCAAAUAGCCAAUCUUGCCACUUCUAUGGGUAUCAGCCCGUCGCAGUUCACAGCCAUGGUGCAGCCGCCUACGAAUACGACGCCAAUGGCUUCGAAUGCUUUGAGUAGUAUGCAGACGGGUGCGUACCCCACGCUGCCUCAAGAUUAUCCACUCAAUGCAUACCCUGUAGUUGGUGCUCCCGUUGAUACACGCUUUCAAGGCUACGUGGAAAGGGAUAUCUCUUCCUUUUUAUUGUAACUUUUUAAAUCAUAACUCGAUCUCGCUUGUACGUGGUUAUUUGAAAUUAUCCUUUUUUCACUAAUUAUGUCGAUCUUACUUGAGGUGACCCAGUUUCUUUCUACUCCUGGUCAAUGCCUGUAAAUCUGUAUAUUUUGAUUUGUAAAAUAUUUUGUUAUGCAUCUACACGUUUCGGUUAUCGUCCUCCUUGCCUUCAGAAAUUUG